GUCCGAUGGACAACAGGCAGUAUAAGUUUCAACACCACCUAUUACGGGUGUGGUCACCACUGCACUUGGAGUGCGUGUGCAUCCCCCCGGCUGGGAAAAAUAAUUCCUCCCUCUACGUGUCAGACUUGUUUUGGAGAAGAAACGCCGCCAACUAUUGGAAAACACUGGAGCCAAUUCAACGGCAUUAACCAUUCGUGGAAGUGAUAGUUUAGUCCUUGUGUUUUAAUUCAGGUUCUGUGUUGAUUCGUUUUAAGCACAGAUGAUGUCUUCAAAUAACAGCGAUCAUCCCGUGGAUGAUUCCUUCCAAGAUGCCGUCGAUGAAAUUCAUUCCGGGAGCGAACAGAGAGACGUAUCAGACACAGAGGUGGAGGAUACUAAGACCAAGCUGGAUAGCGAAGAGGGUGGAGCUGCUGGUGAGAGUUCAACCGGUGAUAACGAUCACAACGGCGACGAUGAUGGCGACGAUGAUGGAGAAGAGAUUCCGAAUGACCCUGAGCCUUCGGAAGCAGAUGACCGCGAAGGCGGAGGUGAUGAAGGCGCCGAGGGUGAAGACGACGGUGAGCAGGAGGAAUCCCAAGUUCCAGCUUUUGAUGAGGUGCCAUUAGAUGGAUCCGAAGAGUCUGGGCUGAAUGGCUCGUCGGCUAAGAGCUUGGAUGAGAAGCUUGAAGAGCUGGCUGUUGAAGAGGCGAAAGACAAUGAUGAAGCGAAACUUCAACCAGCUGCAAUCAUCUCCCCUCCAAUCCUUCCAAGUCGUGAAAAUGUGACGAGCAACUCCUCAGCCGAUGGUCCUGUCUUGCCACCAAGAGACUUGGAGACCUCAGGCUCGGUGGCACCGCCGCCGCCUCCUAGGGACACUGAUGCCGCCAAGUCAGAAAGACCAGUACCACCACCACCUCCUCCUAGGGAUGUGAAUGCUGCUGUCUCUGAAGAGGAACAUGCUCCGCCAUUACCUGAAAGACAUGAUAUAUUCAAAACCGCAGCCUCUUUGACACCGCCUCCUCUUCCUCCCCAGUUGACCCACACGCAGAAACAACACCAUAGAUCAACAAUUUCUUCUUGGUUCCAUAGGGGAGAUUCAAGUGGUUCAUCCGGCCCAAGAAAGUCCACUGUUGAGUACGAUGAAAAUUACGAUCUGUUGUUAAGCAGACUGGAUAAGAAUCAUGAAGCCUUUUCCGCUAAGGAUGAUGUCUUGAAAGCUCAGAUCAACUCUGCACAUGAGACGUUAAAAUCAACAUUUGCCGACAAACUCACCAGUUUAGAAGAUGAGACAUCUGUAGAUGAUUCUGAACUAAAGAUUGAUUGGCCAUUCUGGACAAGGGUGGUGAACGACUAUCCAUCGGUGGUUAAAUCCGAUGCUGUGACUCUAUCCAACCAUCUAUCAGGCGGUAUUCCUGAACAGAUCAGAGGUAUUGUAUGGCAGCUGGUUUCUAACUCAAAUCCUCAAGAGUUUGAAGAUGUGUACAAUGUAUUGAAGGAUCAGGAGUCCAAAUCUGAAAAGGCAAUUCAAAAAGAUCUCAGCAGAACGAGCUUCAUCUCAGACGUUGGACUGGACCAAGAUGCGUUGUACCGGGUCAUAAAGGCUUAUUCAAAUAUGGAUGAAGAGGUUGGUUAUACCCAAGGAAUGGCAUUCAUUACAGUUCCUCUUCUUAUUAACAUGGAUGAGCUCCAAGCCUUCAGUUUGCUCCAUAAGAUCAUGUAUGACUAUAACGCAAGAUCGCUAUACUUACCUGAAAUGCCAGGAUUGGUGCUGAAAUUGUACCAGUUUGACAGACUCGUUGAAGAUUUGUUACCAAACUUGUACAACCAUUUCCAGAGACAGGGAAUAAGAUCGUCUAUGUACGCCAGUCAGUGGUUCCUUACCUUCUUUGCUUACAAAUUCCCAUUGCAAUUCGUAAUGAGAAUCUUUGAUCUGAUCAUUACUGAAGGUGUUGAAUCUAUUUUAAAGUUUGCUGUCGCUCUGGUUCAGAAAAAUGAAGAAAAGCUUCUGACACUUAACUUUGAUGAUCUGCUCAACUUCUUGAAGGGUAAUCUCUUUGACGUUUAUAGUCUUGUGCCUGUGUCCGAGCAAAGUGAAGAAGAUGAAGCAAAGGUGCCACCUUCUAGAACAGUUCCAAUUACCCCCGAAAACUAUGACGUUGAUGCUUUUGUUGACGAAGCAACCAAAGUUAAGCUUCUCCCAAUGACAUUGAAAAGAUACGAAAACGAAUGGAAAGAAGUCAACCGUGAGGAGAAGGAGAGACGUGAAGAAGUUGACCAGCUUAAACUCAGAAACACCCAAUUAGGCAAAGAGAUUAAAAACCUUGAGGCUAGUUACACGAUAUUGAACAGAGAACACGUUCAAAUUGCCAAUGAACUAAUCACAGGAAGAAUAAAGAUUGCUGAAUUAGAGGAUGAGGCUAAGGAUCUGAAGGAGCAGAAUCAAAACCUUCGGAACAUGGUGAAGAGCUUACAAGAGAACCCUAUCAGCGAGAACGUUCCAAUCCCAGAGGCACUUGAAGCUGAUUUGAAAAGAACAAUGGAGAGAAACUUGGAAGUUAUGAGUCAAAACCAAGAACUUGAAGACCAAGUCCAGUCACUUCUUCAAGAAGUUGAGGAAUUGAAGGCUAAACUCAAGGAGCAUGAGGAGCAACCAGCUACAUCUCCAACGGAAGAGAAAACUGCUUCGUCCCCACCAAAGCAACAGGGUCUUUGGGGUAAGAAACUCUUCGGAUAACAUCUUAUUAGUUCUUACACUGGCAUAAAUCUAUAUAUAUAUCCUAUCUAUACUAUUUCCUUCCUGU